UCUAUGCUAACAUUCUGACGCUUCAAGCCUCCAUUUUCAGGGGGAGGCUUGUUUGAGGUUCCCUUAACUCCACUCAGAACCGAGUCUGACCCAGUCCAGAAGGCCAGGAAGAACAUCUACAGUCAGAACCUGAAGGAGGUGUGGAGUUUAGGCGUGCGGGGGGCGUGUCCCUAAAGUCACAUGUCUGUGAGGAGCUGUGAAACACUGUAUGUUCUCUUUGUUAGUCUAACCUUUAUUGAAACGACGAUGGCGUAGACGUGACCACGUUUCCCUCUUUCUCCUCGCCGCUUUGCUGCUGUUGGUUUCCCAAAAUGUCCUCGUCCUGCGGUUGUCGUGGCAACAGGCUGCGACAGCAAAGAGUGUAGACUAACUGGAGUGAGUGACCCCGCCCCCUGGCGCUCCAAACAGGAAGUACUUGCAGACAGAGAAAUGAACAGCGGUUGCUCCGUCACUCUCCGUCAUGAGAACCGUUCUGGAUCUGAUCUCUGUUUUCUUCAAACAUGUUCUUGAUAAUCUUUUCUACGGGUGAUGUCACCACUGCUCAGUCCAGUUCCCUUAUACAGUCAACGUAAAGCAGCCAAUCACAGGAGAGGGGGCGUGGUUUCACUGGACUUGCUGAGAGCAUUAGGAUGAGUUUUGUAGGGUAAACAUUUGCUCUGGGCCACAGAGCUACUGUGUAACAUCCUUCAUCAUACACACCUCACCUGCAUAAUAGAUAACUAAAAACAGUUUAUAGAUUUUUGAUGGAAGAAUUAUGACCCUGAACUAAACGUUUGUCACAUGACCACAGAACAGAACAUUGGAUUUUUCCCACAUCACUGAAGUUUUUGCAGAAACGUCAGCUUCUGUGAGGGAAACUUCCUUUGAGGAUGACGUCAGAACCUCGGUCGUCAUGGAGACCGAAGUCUAUUAUGACUUCAGGUUCUGCUCCGGUGGGGGCCUCCUCCAGCUCCGGGCCCCGCGGGCUCCGGGUCCGCCCCUGCUGGUCCCUCCUCUUCCUCGGCUGCAUCUUCAUCCUCCAGCUGCCUCCAUGAUGUCUGCUCUUCCCGCGUGAACGUGGGAGCGAACCCGGGAUGAAGCGCGUCUCCUCCCGCCGCCGCCGCCGGGUCUCUUAGCCGCGCAGACGGUUUGCUCUGCGGCUCGGUUCGGUCCAAAAAUGCUCGUGUGGUUCGGGCCGUCUUCGUGAUGCUGCGCCACGGACUGUUUACGCGCUGAGUGAUGAAGACUCAGCUGCUCAGGAUGAAGAAGAGGAGCUUCAGCGAUGCCGAACCUCGUCACGGCCCUCCUGCAGUGGUGUAGCAAUGGUGCUCGAUCAGUCGGUGGACCGGUUUGGUGUCAGCCCCUCCCUCUACGCACCGGCGUUCAUGUAUCAGAUGUCAUUUAACUUUUCCAAGAGAGAAAACUCCAGCGUCCCGGCAACCUUCCCAACAUCUACGCUCUGCAGCCUCGAGGCCGCCUCCUCCACCCAGCCAAACGCCUCCUCCGCCUCCUAUGAACUGACGUCGGGGGAGGUUGCCGCUCUGGGCCUGGUCUUCGGGGUUCUCUGGCUGGUGUCCAUUCUGGGGAAUGCGCUCGUCUGCCUGGUCAUCCACCGGAGCAGAAGGACCCAGUCCACCACCAACUAUUUUGUGGUGUCCAUGGCCUGCGCAGACCUGCUGAUGAGCCUCAGCUGCGCUCCGUUCGUGCUCCUGCAGGUGGCUUCGGGUCGGUGGCCCCUGAGCGCUGCCGCCUGCAAAAUAGUGCGCUACAUGCAACACCUGUGUCCCGGUGUUCAGGUGUUUGUCUUGCUCUCCAUCUCCGUGGACCGGUUCUACACGAUUGUCUACCCCCUCAGCUUCAAAGUGUCCCGGGAGAAGGCGAAGAAGAUGAUCCUGGCCUCGUGGCUGUUUGAUGCCGCCUUCGUGUCGCCGUGCCUCUUCUUCUACGGCUCCUCAUCUACAGACAGUCACUGUGACUUUUUCCUCUCAGACAGCUGGGACAGUAUAGCCUACGCCACAGUCCACCUCCUGGUAGGCUUCCUGGUCCCGGCUGCAUUGAUCGUGUCCUUCUAUCAGAGAGUAGUGCGGUACAUCUGGAGGAUCAGUGACGGCCACACGGUGCGCCGCACGAUGAACAUUGUUCCGCGGACUAAAGUCAAGACCAUCAAGAUGUUCCUGAUGCUCAAUUCCGUUUUUUUCCUCACCUGGAUGCCCUUUUAUGUCGCUCAGCUGUGGCACCCACGUGAGUCCGGAGGAGCCAGCAGACAGGGACUGCUGUUCUUCACCGCCAUCGCCUGGACCUGCUUCAGCUCCACGGCCUCCAAACCCACACUGUACUCCGUCUACAAUGCAAACUUCAGGCGCGGCAUGCGCGAAACCUUCUGCAUGUCAUCCAUGAAGUGUUACCGCAGCAACGCCUACACCAUCACUGCCAGCUCCCGCGUGGCCAAGAAGAACUAUGUGGGUGUGGUGGACGUCCCGGUCCAGGGUAAGGCGGCCACCAAGGAGUCUGUGUACGACGCCUUUGGCCGAGAGGCCAAAGAGAAAAAGGUAGCUUGGCCUACCAACAGCAACCCCUCAAACACAUUUGUGUGAACAACAGACUACGAGCGGACCGGUCCGAACUCUACCCUCACCUGAACUGAACCAGUGUUGGUAGGUGAGCGAACCAGACGUUCCGCUCAACGGUUCGCAGAACAUCUUGGAAAGCAAGAAGGGCUUUUUUUUGACUUAAGGAAUCCUUCCAGCAGCCAUGGUUUUUCUACAGACAGCUGAACCUGAACCUUUUCUUGGUGUUGUGUUGCGAUGGAUUCUUUUUGUUGUGAAUGCAACAGGUUUUGUGAUUUGAUAACGCUGAAUUGUUAUCCAGUUGACGUUGUCUGUAGCCAUCUAUCAGUGAAUUGUUGUAAUGGGGUUUGCUAAUGUGGUGGUGUUGUGGUAGCGGCUAAUGCUAGUAAAGGCUUAUCCAUCACUAACGUCGUGCGGUUUAGUGCUUCAAACCUAAAUUAGCUAGCAACCCUGAAGCUACAGGUUGAUGUAUCACACAGGAAGCUACAGAAACCUGUUUGACGAAGAUGGAGAGAGAAAGAUGAGGCUAAUCUCAGUUCUCAAGCCAACGAGCUCAUGAAGGAGGCCCGCCCCCGCUCCCACUUCUGCUGUUUGGCACAGAGAGGCGUGAAUGGGAGGAGCCUCCACUUUCAGAGAACGUGGCUUUAGGAUGAAGGAAAGAUGCUAACGUGUUCAGGACAAAGAAGCCAGUUUGAUGGGAGAGUGAACAUCUGUGCCCAAUCUACACAUCCCUCUGUGGGAGGGGCCGAGUCACUGCAGCUAAAUCCGCUUUUUGAGAGCAGAUGUUUGGCGUUUGCUCUCAAAUCGACUUUUGGAGCUUUUUAGUGUUUUGUUAUGUUCCUUCCUCACAAUAAACAACCCUGAAGGUG